AUCGGAUCCCUUGGACAUUUGUACAAUGGCGUCUUGCUCAUUAAUUUGGCUCUCUUUGUUCGCCCUCGUCGCCAUUGAGAGCACCAGUCAGCGCCUUUUCCGUACCGACGCUUUCCUCCUCUUCUCCUCUCCUCUCCUCAACGUUGCAUGGUUCAUCCUCUUCUCUCACCCCAUCUGGAACAUUUCCUCUGACAAGAAUGGACUGUUCUUCGUCUUUUCAGUGAAACUCACUCUGGCAAUGCCAAUCGUAGGUUUUACAAAGAGGUUGUCAUCCUCAGUGUUAUGGAUUCAAAUCUACAGAUUGGGGGUUCCUUAUAUAGGUAGUACAGCUACUCGAGAAGCAGAUUUUGAUUUAAGUAGUAGUUUUCUCAGUCCAGCAACUCCUGCUACUCUAGGUAGAGAAUGCUCAGAUUAUGAUGUUGUUUUAGGGGGUUCCAUUUACGAUCCAGCUUAUUACUCGUCUCUUUUCGAAGAUGGACAAUACAGCAGACGUCUCCGUCUGGAUCAAAACUCUGGAGUCUGUGACGAUGGAUCUACUUCUAGUGCUGAAGCUUCUCAGGUGAAGGUGACCACUCGCAGAGCUUUUGAAGCUGUGGAUGUAGGUAUACGGAAAUUCGUCCUAGAUAAUGGUGACUUCCAGUAAAUUACCACCCUUAAGGACAGUGUUGUAAUUUUGGCAAGCAAUUUGAUGAGAUGAUUUUUUUUUUUAAUCGUUAUCAUUAUUCAUUAUUUGAGCUCUUGGAGUUAAUUUUCUGAUUUUACUUGUACAUUCAGCUAUCCCACUGCACUUGUGGGGGUGAGGUUUUUUGUAUUUAGCAUUCCAAGCUCGUAAUUUACCUAUA